AUGGAUGACACCGUCAUUGACCUGCAAACCGAUGGGCUACAGAAACUAAGAACCCUUGUCACAGUGGUAGAAGGCCUAACCCAUGAUACCAGUUUCAAGUAUGCCUCCGCAGUUGUAGAACAAGACACUAGACUGCGCGAGCUGGUUGACUCCCAGAAGGCAGAAAUAGCAAAGUUAACAGAUAAAGUGAAAGAACUGGAAUCAGUUAGAGAAACAACAUAUCGGGAGUUACUCGAUGUAAAUGAAAGAGAAAGGCAAAGAUAUACCGAGGCGGCAAAGGAGAUUGAUCUUUUGAAGUUGACUAUUGCUACAAAUGAAGAAACCAUUUCAGAGCAGCGGAAGGAAUUCGAGGCUCUCAAUCGGGAGUACCAAAAGUUGAAAGAUUCCUACGAUAAAGAAAAGAAAACGGUAACUCGGGCCAAUGAGAACAUCACUGAGCUACAGGAUACCUUGAAAAAGAAAGAUAGCUCUAUCGAUAAAUUAAAGGCUGGGGGUUCCAAGAUGAAGCAAGCUCACGGAAUUCUGCAAGAAAAAUACAAAAAACUCGAGUCAGAGAAAUUACAGAUGGAAGAGGAAAUGAAGGUAAAUUCCGGGAAGCUAGAUGAGAUAGGAGGAUACGCAGCAAGUUUGAACCAAGACAAGGAAGAGGCAUUGUUGGGAAAACUCUUUUCUUUUUGGGAGAACACUGCCGAGGCGUUUUCGUUACAUAUGAAAAGAAAUAUUCCCAAUGAAAAUAUUCGGAACCAGCAAGCUUGGAAAAAGCUAAGGUCGCCUGGAAUCAUGUCUCAUCAAAUUCCAUUGCCGCAGUCGAAUUCAACCGCAGCAAAACAGAUGCGUUAUGCUGUCUUCCUUGCUAUUCUUGCGAGAGAAUUGGUUGAGCAUAUUUUUCAGCCAUCUUAUAUUUUUCAGAGUGAAAAUGACAUUCGAGAAAUACUCGGAGAUCUAGCAGUGAAAGAUUCAAAGAAGGAAUCAUUCUGUCGUGCUAUAUUACUAGCCAUUGAUCCUGAGAGAGAUACCUUAGUUCUUGAGGAGAAAAAGAAGAUGGUUUUAAGAAACAUAGGAUCGUGUUUCUUGGAUUUAUUUCCUUCACUGCAUUAUGAAGAAUUUCGCAAAAGCCUGGAAAUUGUUGUCGAUCGAGCAUGCGAAACUUGGAGCUUAUUCCAAUAUAGUGCACGAAAUUACGAAUUGAGCUUUGAGCUUCCAGAAUGGGAUGGAGGGCAUUGGGAUCGUUUACCAUUAGGUGACCAAGAAAAGUUGGACCAAAAUAAGCAUGGGAAUAUCACCGAGGACAAACCUGUGCUUACAGUAUUCCCGAGUGUUUGUCGAAAUGGAAGCGGGGCCUGCAAGAUCGUUGAAUUUUCUACGGUAUUAACAAGGUUUCAAUGCAUUGAUGCGGAGCAAGAACAGAAAAAAGAACCAUCAAGCCCCAGAGUAGCUAGAGCAGUUUCUGAUCGUCAGAGAACUCGUGGAUUGUCUAUUUCUUUGGCCAAUACCUCGAAUCAGAACGGGUCUUUUUUAGAGGAGAAAGAUCAAUUAAACAAACAGUGA